UUUUAAAUUACUGUUAUAAUCUUGGCCAGCACUGACAACAGUAUGUUGAGAGUAAAUAGUGUCCUGUCAUAUUAUAUGUAAAAUAAAAUCACAGACACAAACAUGAUUUAACCUCUCCCAUAAAAGGAUCGAAAUUCGAAAAUGAUUUAAUUUGGCGCCAUGUUGUUUUCUUUCGCAAUGAUUUGAUCUGAAUACCUAUGUAAUGCAUUAAGUACAAAUGAAUAUCAAAUCUGUACGGCCGCUAAUAUCAAUUCUCGAUAUGCACUUGUAUUGUAUAUACGGCAGUUAGAACUGAACGUUUCAAUUAACUGUGUAUACAUAAUGUAUACGUAAUACAAGUGAGAAUAAGAAGAGCAUGGUGAAAGUUGACACAUCAUAUCCAAUUGAAAGUGAGGCUGCUCGAUCAGUCAAGGUCUUGUUUUUACGAGUUGCGGUGCAUAGUCUUUUAUACCGGGGGCAUGACAGCUGAUCGUGAACGCUGAUUAAUUGACGCAUCUCUAAUUGCAUUAAUCAAAGGGUUAAUUCUUCGAGGAGUGAAAGAGCUUUACAAUGCAAGAUGUAUGUGAAAAUUUGCGCAGAGCAAUCGAACAUGGACGAACGGACAUAGUCCGAUCGAUUCUGGAUGCUUGCGAUGAAAAUGGUAAUGGAAGUGGUAUAACUAAACAACAAAUAUUAAAUGGACAUAUUUUUGAAGAAGGUCCCCCUUUACUAUAUGCAUCUUUGCAUGAUCAAGUUGAUUUAGUUAGAACUUUACUGAAUUGUGGAGCAGAUCCAGCCGCUGUUGACAAUCAUGGAAGAAAUGCUCUUGAUUUAGCUGUGAAUGAUAAAAUCAGGCAAAUAUAUAUUGAAGAAUUAUUAAGAGCUACUGCAGCUUCAGAAAUUGAAAGAGUUCAACAAAUAUUAUCCUCUGGAGUAGAUAUCAAUGCUUGGGAUUCAGAAACUAGUAAAAAUACACCUUUACAUUGGGCUGCUUGUUUUGGUAAUAAGAGCGUUGUUCAGUUUUUAACAGAAAAUGGUUCAAAUGUCAAUGCAGUAAAUGAUUGUGGUGCCACUCCAUUACAUGAAGCUGUUAAUAGAGGAGAUUUUGAAAUGUGCCAAAUUUUAUUAAUAUCUGGCGCUGAUCCAUUAGUCAGAGCGAUAAAAGGGACAUUUGCAGCCAAAACAGCCUAUGAUAUUUCUAAAAGUAAUGCAUCAUUACAAGCUUUAAUUGAAAAGUAUUUUACAGAAGUUUCUUCAAAAGAAAUUGAACAUCUUCGUAGAUAUUCAGAAGAUGUAAAAAGUUUUGAUUUUUUACCUAAGCCUAAUUUGAUUGAUAUACAUCAGGAUUCAUCAGUCGAUUCUUUGAAAUCUUUAGAUAAUACUUUUAAUAUGCCUACACAGAGUCAUAAAGAUUCAAGAGAAUUCAAUGGGGAUAGUUCAUUUAGAGCUUUUCCACCUGCUUCACAGUCAGGUGUUUACGAACUGAUUUGGCCUAAACCAAAAUAUAUUACAGAACUUGGUCAUCUUUCUCCACCAUUUAUUUUUGGAAAAGAACUUUUAAUAUCUAUAAUACAGGGUAGUGAAUCAAUUCAUGCAAUUUUAGAUGUGUGGGAAAUUAGUCGGACACACUUACUCGAGUUAGGAUGUGAUGUCAAAAUUGGUGAAGUACAACCAGGAUCUGGUAGACUGUCUUGUGAUAAGAGAAUAGAGUGCAUUGUUAAUUCUAAAUUGUUUAAUAAUACAGAGGGUUAUCAAUUGCAUAUAUCUCAAAAUUCAAUUAAAAUAAGUGCUGGCAGUUUAGCUGGUCUUCAUUAUGCUAUAUGUACUUUUAUUCAAAUAUUAAAACUAAACAAACAAAGUAAUAAUAAUAAUAAUGAAAACAAUGAAUUAUGCGAAAUCAAAGCAGUAUUAAUUAAAGAUGAACCUAGAUUCAGACAUAGAGGCAUACUCUUAGAUAUUUCUCUUAGAGGUCGAGCACCAGCUCUAGAUUACUUGUUACAUGCUAUUGAUGUUUGGUCUUCAUUUAAAUUGUCAUACUUGCAUCUUUAUUCUAGACUUACCCCAAGUUGUGAUUGGCAACUUUGUUAUUCAAGAUCAGAAAUGGUUACUUUGGACAGAUAUUGCAGAGAUCGACACUUGGAAUUGAUACCCGCUCUUGAUGUUGACUCAAACGUUAGUGUACGGCAUUUAUCGCAAAUGUGGCCACUUUUUCAAGAGUUACUAGCCACUUUUCCAAGUUUAAAUUAUGUUCACAUAGGCCCUAGAUUAGCGAACUUAUUAGUACAUCCAAGUAAUCUUGACUGUUCUGUAUCAGUUGAUGAAACUAUUGAGACUGAUAUGUCUGAUGUACUUGAGUCUUACUCUGGUCUUCAACAACUAUGGCAUAUUUUCAAUUUGAAUCAUGCCACCACAGUAUUAAUUUGUUCCAAUGGAUUACAUUCUAAAACUGAAUUUCGUAGUAUUCCUAAUAAUGUUAUUUUUGUUGAAUAUGGUUUUCAGGCUGAUUACGAAUUUUCUGCCUGGACUGAACCGUUUAGAUGUGCUGGUGGCAAUACGCUACCUAGCUCAGGAACAGCAAGUUAUAAUAGUUUAGCCGGCUGUCCAGCAUCCACUUUGUCCAAUACAAAAAAUGCAGUAAAAACUGCUCAAGAACAAGAUUCUAUUGGAAUAGUCGUUGCUCAUUGGUCGGGUAGCCAUCAUUUAACGUCUCAUACAUUUGCUUGGGUUGGAUACCUCAUUGCAGCUGGUUUGUCAUGGAAUCCAAAAACAGAUAUCGAUAUAGAGCCGUUGAUUGAUUUUUGUGAUUUUCGAGAAUCGUCUAAACUAAAUAACAAAAAACCAAUAGCUAGACUUUUGGAUACAUAUAUAUUUAGCGAUCCAGAGUUCAAAAUAGGUAGUGCCAUUCUAGAACUUGGAAGAAUAGAUACUUUGGUUUUAACAUGGAGUAAAAAUCAAGAUAUUAAUAAUCUCAAUCAAAUACCAGACAACCGUGGUUCAACGCUCUAUAGAUUACUCACUGAUCCGGAUAAUGUUAAUUUAGAACAUCUUCCAAUGGACUUAUUCGCGAAAGCAAUGAAGCAUAUAAAAAAAGUGUCUCAGGCAUUAUAUGAAACCAAUCCAACAGCUAAAUUCGGCUCUAUGGAAAUUCAAGAAUUACAAUUAACCGCUGACCUAAUGUUGACAGCUUGUAAAAUUGGAAGAGCCCUUAUAAGUGUGGGUACAAAUCCCAACAGUAACAUGGGGUUACCCGUAAUAAAUUUAGGUGUAAGUAAUUUACCUCCAACUUCUAGAACUGAUAUAGCUAAUAAAAUGUUAGCUCAUAUCGAACAAUAUAAAGGAGCAUGGUUACAAAGACACUUACCACAAGGACUUCAAAGCUCAUUACUCAUUUUGACCAGUGCUUUACACAGAUUUGUGCCUGAAUCGUAAUUUCAAAGAUGAACUAAUUAUGACGAUAAUGAAGAUAGUUUAAUUAACUCUAAAAUUCAAAAACAUUAUAAAUGUAAAAUUUACACCUACACUAAAAUGAAUAACAGAAAGUCAAGAUUUAAGUUCUGCGCUCUUUUAUUUUAGUGCAUUCAUUGAAUGAUAUUUAGGUGGCUUUUAUGCGAAAUAAAAAUUUAUUUUAUUAAUCUUAAAAGACAAAUACAUUUUAAGAAAUAAUAUGAGUACAAGAAGUAUUACCUAAUAAGCUUUUACUCACGCAAAACUGGUAUUUUUAGAAAAUGUAGUAAUUGUAUUUUCAUAAUGUAGUAGAUAUACACUGUAAAUAAAAUAGAUCGAAUACAAUUUUA